AUGGGACUUUGUCUAGCAGUGACAUCUACAAUUCUCUGGGUCUUGUUGGUGACUCUUCAAGAUGGUGAAGCUAGUUCCUGUGCAGAAGUUGGAGGCAGGCUUGCCUGUGAAGAUAUCUGUGAAGUCAGAAGACCAGCUCUCCACAAGUUUCAAGUGGACUUUGUUGGGGACUCCUUGGACUUGGACUGCAUCAGGUAUAAGGGUCUCAAGGAAGUCAGGUUAUUCAACAGGACCUUCUCUUUGGGGAAAGUACUGGGCAUGGAAGAAAUUGUUAGACCCUGGAGUCACUGUUUCUUCAAAUACACAAAAAAACAGAAAACAGUCAAGGAGGAGCCCAGGACUUCAAAACCUGUCCUGAAGACUUCACUGCACAAAACAUCAUCAACAACACCACUGACCUCAUCAACUGUGCCAAUCAAGCAAAGGAUCAGCACCACAAGUCAGCCUAAAACAGUACCUUGGGAGGAAGAAACUGCUACCAUCCAGGAUCAAGACAACAGGAGGGAAUCAGAGGCAGAAAAUCAAUUGGAAGAGGCGCCUCAGUCAGUUUUAAAUCCUUUGUUUGAGGAAUUGGAGAUGGCUGAGGCUCCUUCUCUUGCCACAGUCCAAUCUGAAGCCCUGUCCGGGGAAGAGUUGCUCACCAGGUGGACUUGGCCUCUCCUUCGUCCUUGGGUGUUGGCGAAGAUUUGUUCUAGCCACCCCACCUUUUGGCGCACUUGUCCUGGUGCUGGCCAGCAAUCCCGGGCAUUUCUCUUCAUCCAGAUACCAGAAUACGGGUUAACUGCUGCGGUCGCUCCUUUGUCUGGAGUCUGUUGCAGCGGCAUCUGUGACCUUCUAGGAGUACUGGAUGACUCCGGUGGUGCAAGGACACUGUCCGUGACUGCUGGCAAGGUUGUCUCAGGUGGUUCAUUGUCGUCUGAGCCUGAUUCCGGAAAGAAAAUCUUCCCCAGUUCCGUAGUCACCUCGGAAAGAAAGGACUUAUUAGCUUUGCUAGAUUUUGGAGUAGCUAUAACAGUCUUAUUAGUAUAUUAG